AUGGAAGCAUAUGUGGAUGAUAUGUUGGUAAAAAGCCUAAAGGCUGAGCUACACAUUGCCAAUUGGAAGCGGCCUUCAGAGUGUUACUUCUACUAUGGCAUGAAGCUUAGUCUCGAGAAGUGCGCGUUUUUGGGUAUCAUCGAGAAAUUUAUUGGACUUUAUGGUGAUCUCCUGCUCCACUCCCUACGUGAGCGCCCCCUCCAGCCCCGGCCGGCAGAUGUGGCAGGAGCUGUGGGGCGCCCAGGCGAUGGCGUUGACGCUGGCCUGGUGGCCCUCUCCUUCGAGCACCCCUACCCCCCCACCAAGACCAUGUUCGUCCCCGACCGCGACUGCCUCUGCCCCGAUCUCCUCGCCACCUCUGCCGACUUCCUCCGCAUCUGGCGCAUAUCGUCGAAUGACGAAGGCGGCGGUGAUGACAACAGCAAGAAGAACAACUCCUCCUCCAAGUCCUCCUCGUUGUCGCGCGUUGAGCUCCGAUCCCUCCUCAACGGCAACCGGAACUUCGAGUUCUGCGAUCCCCUGACCUCCUUCGACUGGAACGAGGCGGAGCCGCGCCGCGUGGGCACCUCGUCCAUCGACACCACCUGCACCAUCUGGGACAUCGAGCGCGAGGCCGUCGACACCCAGCUCAUCGCCCACGACAAGGAGGUCUACGACAUCGCCUGGGACGGCGUCGGCGUCUUCGCCUCCGUCUCCGCCGACGGCUCCAUCCGCAUCUUCGACCUUCGCGACAAGGAGCACUCCACCAUCAUCUACGAGUCGGCCGACCCCCCCAACACCCCCCACGUCCGCCUUGGCUGGAACAAGCAGGACCCCCGCUACAUGGCCACCAUCAUCAUGGACUCCGCCAAGGUCGUCGUCCUCGACAUCCGCUUCCCCACCCUCCCCGUCGUCGAGCUCCACCGCCACCAGGCCAGCGUCACCCGCCGGAAAUGGCCGCGAGGGGGCGGGAUCUGA